CAUUGUGCCUUCUUCUCACGCCGGCCCAAGAUGGCGGCGGCUGUAGACGCCCCGGGUCUGUGACUCCUACAAAGAGGGGAGCCGGGGGCCGCACGGGAGCGGCGGCCGAGGCGCAGGCCGGGCCGUCUGUCCUCAGCCGUCCGGCCCGCGUCCGCCCGCCCCCGCCCGCCCGGCUUCCCGCCGGCGGCCCCGCCCCUCCCCCAACCGUCUGCCUAGCAUGGUGCGGCGGCCGCGCGCGCCGACAUGGGCGAGAAGCUGGAGCUGAGGCUCAAGUCGCCAGUGGGCGCCGAGCCCGCCGUCUACCCGUGGCCGCUGCCUGUCUACGACAAGCACCACGAUGCUGCUCAUGAAAUUAUUGAGACUAUCCGGUGGGUCUGUGAGGAAAUCCCGGAUCUCAAGCUGGCGAUGGAGAACUAUGUCCUGAUCGACUAUGACACCAAAAGCUUUGAAAGCAUGCAGAGACUGUGUGACAAGUACAACCGAGCCAUCGACAGCAUCCACCAGCUGUGGAAGGGCACCACGCAGCCCAUGAAGCUGAAUACUCGACCAUCCAAUGGGCUCCUGCGGCACAUCCUGCAGCAGGUGUACAACCACUCUGUGACUGACCCUGAGAAGCUCAACAACUACGAGCCCUUUUCCCCUGAGGUGUACGGGGAGACCUCCUUUGACCUGGUCGCCCAGAUGAUUGACGAGAUCAAGAUGACCGAGGAUGACCUGUUUGUAGACCUGGGCAGUGGUGUGGGGCAGGUUGUCCUUCAGGUUGCUGCUGCCACCAACUGCAAACAUCACUACGGAGUGGAGAAAGCAGACAUCCCAGCCAAGUACGCGGAGACCAUGGAUCGAGAGUUCAGGAAGUGGAUGAAAUGGUAUGGAAAAAAGCAUGCAGAAUACACACUGGAACGAGGUGACUUCCUCUCAGAGGAGUGGAGGGAGCGGAUCGCCAACACGAGUGUUAUAUUUGUGAAUAACUUUGCCUUUGGUCCUGAGGUGGAUCACCAGCUGAAGGAGCGAUUUGCAAACAUGAAGGAAGGCGGCAGAAUCGUCUCCUCAAAGCCCUUUGCCCCUCUGAACUUCAGGAUCAAUAGCAGGAACUUGAGUGACAUUGGCACCAUCAUGCGUGUGGUAGAGCUGUCGCCCCUGAAGGGCUCUGUGUCAUGGACUGGGAAGCCUGUCUCCUACUACCUGCACACUAUUGACCGCACCAUACUUGAAAACUAUUUUUCUAGUCUGAAAAAUCCAAAACUCAGGGAGGAGCAGGAGGCAGCUCGGCGCAGGCAACAGCGAGAGAACAAGAGCAAUGCAACCACCCCCACCAAGGUCUCAGAGAACAAGGCAGCUGCCACUGAGGCACCGGUGGACUCUGGUGCUGAGGAAGAAAAGUCAGGUGUGGCCACUGUCAAAAAGCCAUCUCCCUCUAAAGCCCGGAAGAAGAAGCUGAACAAGAAAGGGAGGAAGAUGGCUGGCCGGAAGCGUGGGCGGCCCAAGAAAAUGAGUGCUGCAAACGCAGAGCGCAAGUCCAAGAAGAGCCAAAGUGCACUGGACCUCCUGCGCUCCUCUCCUGCAGCCCCACCCUCAGCUUCACCCCAGGAUGCGUACAGGGCACCACAUAGCCCGUUCUACCAGCUACCUCCGAGCACGCAGCUCCACUCCCCCAAUCCACUGCUGGUGGCACCCACCCCACCUGCAUUACAGAAGCUUUUAGAGUCCUUCAAAAUCCAGUACCUGCAGUUCCUGGCUUACACAAAAACCCCACAGUACAAGGCCAACCUGCAGCAGCUUCUGGACCAGGAGAAGGAGAAGAACACACAGCUGCUGGGCACUGCACAGCAGCUCUUCGGUCAUUGUCAGGCCCAAAAGGAGGAGAUCCGAAGACUGUUCCAGCAGAAGCUGGAUGAGUUGGGCGUGAAGGCUCUGACCUACAAUGACCUGAUUCAGGCCCAGAAGGAGAUCUCUGCCCACAACCAGCAGCUGCGGGAGCAGUCGGAGCAGCUGGAGAAGGACAACAGCGAGCUGCGGAGCCAGAGCCUACAACUGCUCAGGGCCCGAUGUGAGGAGCUGAGGCUGGACUGGUCCACGUUGUCUCUGGAGAACCUGCGCAAAGAGAAGCAGGCCCUGCGGAGCCAGAUCUCAGAGAAGCAGCGACACUGCCUGGAGCUGCAGAUCAGCAUUGUGGAGCUGGAGAAGAGCCAACGACAGCAGGAGCUCCUGCAGUUGAAGUCCUGUGUGCCACCAGACGAUGCUCUGUCCCUGCACCUGCGUGGCAAGGCUACCCUGGGCCGAGAGCUGGAGGCUGAUGCUGGGCGGUUGCGUCUUGAGCUGGACUGUGCCAAGAUCUCCCUGCCGCACCUCAGCAGCAUGAGUCCUGAGCUCUCCAUGAAUGGCCAUGUCACAGGCUACGAGCUCUGCAAUGCAGCUAGUCGGUCCUCGUCCAAGCAGAACACUCCCCAGUACCUUGCCUCCCCCUUGGACCAGGAGGUAGUACCCUGCACCCCCAGCCACAGUGGCCGACCUCGGCUAGAAAAGUUGUCUGGCCUGGCUUUGCCGGACUACACCCGGUUGUCACCAGCCAAGAUUGUGUUGAGGCGGCACCUGAGCCAGGACCACACCGGGGCUGGCAAAGCAGCUGCCAGUGAGUCACACCCUCGGGCAGAGCAUGCCAAGGAGAGCACCCUUCCCUACCAGAGCCCUGGUUUCUCCAACAGCAUGAAGCUCAGCCCCCAAGAUCCUCUGCCUUCCUCCCCGGCGUCCUCGCCACUCACCUCAGAGAAGGGCAGUGAGAAGGGUGUGAAGGAGCGUGCCUACAGUAGCCACGGGGAGACUAUCACCAGCCUGCCCGUCAGCAUUCCACUCAGCACUGUGCAGCCCAACAAGCUGCCUGUCAGCAUCCCACUGGCCAGUGUGGUGCUGCCCAGCCGCGCCGAGAGGGCAAGGAGCACGCCCAGCCCUGUGCCACAGCCCCGAGAGGCCUCAUCCACACUUGAAAAGCAGAUCGGUGCUUCUACCCAUGGUGCAGGGGGCAAUGCAGCAGGGAGCAGGAGUCUUGCCUUGGCACCCACAGGCUUCUAUGCUGGUUCGGUGGCAAUCAGUGGGGCCCUGGCCAACAGCCCAGCACCUCUGGCCUCUGGAAUGGAAUCAACUGUUUUUGACGAGUCCUCUGGCCCUAGCAGCCUCUUUGCCAUCAUGGGGUCUCGCAGCACACCACCACAGCACCCACCUCUGCUGCCGCAGCCCCGCAACUCUGGCCCUGCCUCUCCUGCACACCAACUCUCAGCCAGUCCCCGUCUGAGUGUGACCACCCAGGGUCCACUGCUGGACACCAGCAAAGGGGAGCUGCCUUCUGAUCCUGCCUUCUCAGACCCGGAGAGUGAAGCUAAGAGGAGAAUCGUGUUCAGCAUCGCAGCCAGUUCCAGCUCGAAGCAGUCGCCUUCCACUAGGCACAGCCCCUUGACCUCCAGCACCCGUGGGGACUGUGUACAGAGCCAUGGGCAGGACAGUCGUAAGCGCAGCAGAAGGAAGCGUGCGUCAGCUGGAAACCCCAGCCUCAGCACAGGUGUGUCCCCCAAGCGCCGGGCUCUGCCAACUGUUGCUGGCCUCUUCACGCAGUCUUCGGGGUCUCCCCUCAACCUCAACUCCAUGGUCAGCAACAUCAAUCAGCCCCUGGAGAUCACAGCCAUCUCGUCCCCUGAGAGCUCCCUGAAGAGUUCCCCCACCCCCUACCAGGACCACGAUCAGCCCCCAGUGCUUAGGAAGGAGCGGCCUCUGGGCCCAACCAAUGGGGCCCAUUACUCACCACUGACCUCAGAUGAGGAGCCAGGCUCUGAAGAUGAGCCCAGUAGUGCCCGAAUUGAGAGAAAAAUUGCAACAAUCUCCUUAGAAAGCAAAUCUCCCCCGAAGACGCUGGAAAAUGGUGGUGGCCUGGUGGGAAGGAAGUCUGCCCCCUCAAGUGAGCCUAUGAAUAGCAGCAAAUGGAAGUCCACCUUCUCACCUAUCUCUGACCUCAGCUUGGCCAAGGCCGUGGACAGUCCGCUACAGGCUGGCUCUGCGCUGAGCCACAGCCCCCUGUUCUCUUUCCGGCCAGCUCUGGAGGAGCCUGCUGCUGAGACCAAGCUCCCCACCCACUCAAGAAAGAGUUUUGCUGGCUCUCUGGCUGCAGCUGAGGGCCCGAGCCCUGGCGCCAAUCCUCCCAAUGGCCUGGCCUUCAGUGGGGGCCUCGCCGCAGACCUUGGUUUACACAGCUUCAACGAUGGUGCUUCCCUCUCCCAUAAGGGCCCUGAAGUGGCCAGCUUGAGCGCCUCCGUGAGCUUCCCAUCCCAGCGGGGCAAGGACAAUACCACAGAAGCCAACCCCUUCCUCAGCAGGCGGCAGCCGGAGGGUCUGAAGGGUGAGGGCAGUGCCAGCAAGGAGUCCAGCGAGGCCCUACCCCUGUGUGGGCCUGCAGACAAGGUUGCAUUGCCUCAUGGCAGCAGGGCCAGCAAGGGCCGUGACCGGGAGCUGGACUUCAAGGGCGGCCACAACCUCUUCAUCUCUGCUGCAGCUGUGCCUCCAGGUGGCCUCCUUGGUGCCCCUGGCCUCGUAACUGUGGCUUCCUCUGCGGGCAGUGUGACACCUGCUGCCCAGGCUCCCCGGCCCUUCCUGAGCACCUUCACCCCGGGUCCCCAGUUUACUCUGGGCCCCAUGUCCCUGCAGGCCAACCUGGGCUCUGUGGCUGGCUCAUCCGUGCUGCAGUCCUUGUUCAGUACUGUGCCAGCUGCUGCAGGCUUGGUGCAUGUAUCAUCCACUGCGACCCGACUCACCAACUCUCACACCAUGGGCAGCUUCUCCUCUGGGGUGGCCGGCGGAACCGUUGGAGGUGUCUUUACCCAUGCGGUGCCUUCUGCCUCUGCUCACCCGUUUGGAGCUGGUGUCAGCAGCGGGGCUGUGUGUAGCAGUGCCACACUGGGCCUGAGCCCGCUGCAGGCGGCGGCUAGCACCUCGGCUUCUUCCUUUCAGGCUGCGGCUUCAGUCGAGACUAGGCCGCCCCCUCCACCUCCCCUGCUUCCUCCUCAGCACCUGGGCCGGCCCCCUGCGGGGCCACCUGUCCUCCAUGCACCCCCUCCUCCUAACGUCGCCUUGCCUCCUCCACCUGCGCUGCUGGCUUCUAACUCAGAGCCAGUGCUUCUGCAGAGCCUGGCCUCCCUCCCGGCUAACAAAGCUUUCUUACCCCCCUCCUCUGCCGCCUCUCUGCAGCCUGCUAACGCCUCUCUGUCUGUCAAGCUCGCCUCCCUCCCACACAAGGUCUCCCGCCCCUCCUUCACGGUGCACCACCAGCCCCUGCCCCGGCUGGCCCUGGCGCAGGCCGCGCCCGCCGCCCCGCAGGCCAGCUCCUCGGGGCCAUCUGCUGUGUGGGUUUCCCUUGGCAUGCCGCCUCCUUAUGCCGCGCACCUUUCGGGGGUUAAGCCUCGAUAAAGACCUUGCUUAGCUAGCAGUUCAUGUUCUGUAAGGUAACUAGGACUUCUACCUCAGCCACGACCUAUGCAAGGACAGUGUGGACCAAGCCUGCUGCCUGCCAGGCCGGCGGAGCCGGACGUGGAGCUUCUGAAUCGGCGGCACCGCAGGAGGUGCUGGACUGGUCCAGUUUGUACUGUCGAUAGUUUUAGAUAAAGUAUUUAUCGUUUUUUUUUUAAAAAGUAUAAGCAAUUCUGACUUAUUUUAUUCCAUCAAAGUCGUCCAAGGCAACCUCUUGAGACGCCUAAUGUCUGUGAGAGAGAAUCACAUAAAGACUUGGCCUGCCGGGCUGGCCACAAGGACUCUUGACUCCGUCCCCGGUGCUAUCUCACCACCGAGCCCAUGCCCGCCCGCCCGCCCGCCCGCCCGCCUCUAACUCCACCCCGGGUGCUGCCCCUGAUGUGAACCAUGGUCAAACAGCUCUCAGACGCGCCCCCCACAGCUUGUCCUGAUACCAAAGGCACGCCAGGCAUGCCCGAUGGGGGCUGACCUUUGGUCCCUCCUUGGAACUCGCCCACUGUCACUGUGAACACCCCACUGGUAAACCUGUGGCAUCAGGCGUGCCUUUGCUGUGGGUACAGACUGGUCUGGGGUAGGACUGUGGGUGCCUGGCAAGGCUGAGUGGUGCUGACAGGUGUGGGCUGCUACUGCAGGGCUUGGUGGCUCCUGUGACAAGUGCAUUUACUUUGUAUUUCUUUGCUUUUCUGGCUCGGGGCAUGCUGGCCAGGUGACAUGGGGCUGGCCCACUGUGGGUCCCCUGGCAUCUGUGUAUAAGAGAGUCACAUGAUGAGUGACAGUAUUUUAUAGAGAUGUGAUGGAGAUUUAUAAAUUUCAUAGACUUGAUUGCAUUUAUUUUUAGAUUGUAUAAUGCACAGCAACUUUAAAGGAAAGAAAAGUGAGGAGGAAAAAUACUUUUAUUUAUUCAAAUGCACCAAAAAAAAAAAAAAAAAAAAAAAAAAAAAAAAAGGCUCUGGCCAGGUACCCUGCAGGAGUGUGGCCCACAUGUGCUGUGCUGGACCACCCAGGGCCUCUGGUCACUGUGGGCACUGUCUGCCUCUAGGAGUUGCUUCCUGGUCCUGGGGACAAGUGUACUGGGUGUGGCUGCAAAGGGGCCAGGGCUGAUCUGGCUUGCUAAGGCAGUCCUCACUGCCCUCAAUGCUGCUCAUUUCAGGUUGAGAUGGGUGGGCUGUGAGUGGAGAGGCCAUGUUGACCCCUCAGCCUAACCUGUCUCCCAUAGCAGUUAUGAAGAUGGUGCUGGUGUCCCUUCCCAUCCCUCCUUUGCCCCUACCCCUGUGAUGGUGCUCAAUACUAGCCAGGCCUGUUGCUGCACACCACAGCUAGCUACGGUGCUGCAGGGCAGGGUGGCCAUAAAGUUAGCACAUCCCAGGCCUGGAAUAAGACAGAGUGAACACUGUAUACCACCUGCCACCCUGGCAGCUGCUCCUCCCGUGGUUGCUGCCUCUACCUUACUUGAGUGUUAGGAGACAGAUACUGCAUGUCCAUGGCCCGCAUAGCCCAGUAGGCCACAGGUGCUCAGGCAGGCACAGGUGCAAGUCCCCUCCUGAGCCCACAAGAAAGGGGAACUCCUAAUAAACUGACCUUGAUUCAUGGUAGCCCUGGGUCACCUGGCUGAUGGUCCUAGCAUGGGGUGAGGCCGCCUCAGUGGUCCCUGCCACUCCGGCCCAAGGCCGGCUUAGGGCUUGAGCUCAGGAAAUGAUAGGAAGCCCUAUACAGACUGGGACCCACUCCCAGGCUAGCCCACAUGGGGACUCUAUCAGACACACCUCCUGGUUCCCACCUUAAACCUACACAGCUUUUUUGGCAGCCUGGCCUGUUUAUAACUUGAUGCAGCUUUGCUCUGUCUUGUAAUGACCUCUGUACUUAAUGGGUGCACUGUUCUCUCCCUGGUUCCCCCAAGUCAUCUCACACAUUGUCGCCACCUCUAGACACAGUAAUAAAAAGCUGUUUUCACUUGA